GGCCUUCGCGGUGCACGCAGGUCCUCGGGCCAAUCGCUUUGGAGCGCGCGGGUUGCCUGGAGUAAAGCCAGGGCUGCGGUGGAGUCGGGUUGCGGGAGUUGUUGCGGCGGAACCAUGGUGGGCCACCUGAGCGAGGGGGCCAUUGCGGCCAUAAUGCAACAGGGAGAUACAUCCAUAAAACCCAUUCUCCAAGUCAUUAACAUCCGGCCCAUUGCUACAGGGAAUAAUCCACCCCGUUAUCGACUGCUUAUGAGUGAUGGAUUGAAUACUCUGUCUUCUUUCAUGUUGGCAACACAAUUGAACCCUCUUGUUGAGGAAGAACGAUUGUCUAGCAACUGUAUCUGCCAGAUUAACCGAUUUAUUGUGAACACUCUGAAAGAUGGAAGGAGAGUGGUUAUUUUGAUGGAGUUAGAAGUUUUGAAAUCAGCUGAAGAAGUUGGAUUAAAGAUUGGCAAUCCAGUGCCCUAUAAUGAAGGACAUGGACAACAGCCAGUAGUUCCUCCUCCAGUCUUAGCAGCCAGUCCACCAGCCAGCAGGCCCCAGCAACAGAGUGGGAGCUCAGGAGUGGGUUCCACUGUAUCUAAGACUUUUGGUGCCUCAAAGACAUUUGGAAAAUCUGGAGGUACCAGCCUAGGGAACAGCUCCGGGGGAACACAGGCCAAAGUGGUACCCAUUGCCAGCCUCACCCCUUACCAGUCCAAGUGGACUAUUUGUGCUCGUGUUACCAACAAAAGUCAGAUCCGUACCUGGAGCAAUUCCCGAGGGGAAGGGAAGCUUUUCUCUAUAGAACUAGUUGAUGAGAGUGGCGAAAUCAGAGCGACUGCUUUCAAUGAGCAAGCGGACAAGUUCUUUCCUCUUAUUGAUGUGAACAAGGUCUAUUACUUCUCUAAAGGCACCCUGAAGAUCGCCAACAAACAGUUCACAGCCGUCAAAAACGACUAUGAGAUGACCUUCAAUAAUGAGACUUCUGUCAUGCCCUGUGAAGAUGGUCAUCAUUUACCCACAGUUCAGUUUGAUUUCACAGGGAUUGGUGACCUAGAGAACAAGUCUAAAGACUCACUUGUAGACAUAAUCGGGAUCUGCAAGAGCUAUGAAGAUGUCACUAAAAUCACAGUGAAGUCUAACAACAGAGAAGUCUCUAAGAGGAAUAUCUGUUUGAUGGACAUGUCAGGGAAAGUGGUGAAUGCUACUCUGUGGGGAGAAGAUGCUGAUAGAUUUGAUGGUUCUAGACAACCCGUGAUGGCUAUCAAAGGAGCCAGAGUUUCUGAUUUUGGUGGACGGAGCCUCUCUGUACUGUCUUCAAGUACCGUCAUUGUGAACCCUGACAUCCCAGAGGCCUACAAGCUUCGUGGAUGGUUUGACUCGGAAGGACAAGCCUUAGCUGGCGUUUCCAUCUCUGAUCUAAAGAGUGGAGGAAUAGGAGGGAGCAACACCAACUGGAAAACUUUAUAUGAGGUUAAAUCAGAGAACUUGGGCCAAGGUGACAAGCCCGACUAUUUUAGCUCCGUGGCGACAGUGGUGUAUCUUCGCAAAGAGAACUGUAUGUACCAGGCCUGCCCAACUCAGGACUGCAAUAAGAAAGUGAUUGAUCAACAGAAUGGAUUGUACCGCUGCGAGAAGUGUGACAGUGAAUUUCCCAAUUUCAAGUACCGCAUGAUCCUGUCAGUAAAUAUUGCUGAUUUUCAAGAGAAUCAGUGGGUCACAUGUUUCCAGGAGUCUGCAGAGGCCAUCCUUGGACAAAGCACUGCUUAUCUUGGGGAGUUAAAAGAGAAGAACGAGCAAGCAUUUGAGGAAAUUUUCCAGAAUGCCAACUUUAGAUCGUUUACAUUCAGGAUCAGGGUCAAAUUGGAGACCUACAAUGAUGAGUCUCGAAUUAAGGCCACCGUGAUGGACGUGAAGCCCGUGGACUACAGAGAAUACGGCAGAAGGUUGAUCGUGAGCAUCAGGAGAAACGCUGCGGCGAUGUGAGCCGAGCCUGCCAACGGGGCAGGAGUUUGUAGACAGAGGGCUAAAGCGAACUGACCCCCGCCCCGCCUGACGACUCCGCGUUGGCUGCAGGUGCCGAGUGCCUCUCUGGGGGGGACUAAGCCGUCGCCUCUCGCCUCUCGUGCGCAUCUGGAACCCACUGGCAGCAAAGGGAAAUACGCUCGGAGGGCUGUGGUGGAAACCGUGUCGGACCUCGGGGUCAGCUGGCGGGGAGUGUAGUACCAGUCACUCCCUCUGUCUUUAGGCUUUUGUCAGUUUUAUUAAGAUUUCACUAUCUUCAACCAGGAAUUACGUCACGAGUAAUUGACCCUAAAUCUGCAGACAGUGAAAUAAAUUAUGUAAGUAGGGUUUCCAGUUCUCCAGUGGUGACACCUCCACGACUCGGGUCCCUUCUCCAGAGGGAGAGCUGAGAAGUGAUUGUGCAGAGGAACCUGGGUGUUUUAGUAGGCGUGUCUUCCUAGAAUUCAAAGGCUCUCUUUCUAGAGGUGCCACAUAGUUGUUAAUGCUUGGAAUGGCAAUAGGGUAGAAUUAUUAAUCAAAGUCAUAUCUUUUCUAUCUGAAAAUAUCCUUCCUUCAGGGUCUAAUAGACUGAGUCAGAUGGGUCCGAUAUUAAUCAAAAUUGUCUCUUCUGAGGAAGGCUGAUAAGCAUUGACUUGCCGUCCCCUAGGGACAUCCAGGCAACUACAGAGCAUUGCUUUAGUUUUCCCUUCAGUUAAUGUUGCAUUUCGGCUGGUAUGCCUUUUCUACCUGUACAUAUUUCUUGCAUUUGUAUGUUUCUUUUCUUGAUUAAAGCUAUGUUAAGUAGAAGGGAUUUUGAAAGGAGAAGCCCUUUGUUUCCAUUGCUUUGUUUAAUAAAACAGUAUAUUCUCUGC